CGGGAUUUUUAGAGUGACGAACAGCUUUGGACCAAGCGACCAUGAGAGGGCCAGAGCUCGGGCCCGACACUAGCAUGGAGGGGGACAUACUGGACACCCUGGAGGCCCUGGGGUAUAAGGGUCCACUGUUAGAGGAGCAGGCGCUCUCCAAGGCGGCAGAGGGUGGGCUGUCUUCGCCUGAGUUUUCGGAGCUCUGCGUUUGGUUAGGCUCCCAAAUAAAGACCUUAUGCAACCUGGAGGAAAGCAUCAGUUCAGCGGGGAGAGACGACCUAGAGAGCUUCCAGCUUGAGAUAAGUGGUUUUUUAAAAGAGAUGGCCUGUCCAUACUCGGUACUCAUAUCGGGAGACAUUAAAGACCGUCUCACAAAGAAAGAAGACUGCUUGAAACUUCUGUUGUUUUUAAGUACAGAACUUCAAGCUUUACAGAUAUUACAGAAGAAAAAUCAUAAAAAUUCUCAGUUAGAUAAAAACAGUGAAAUUUGCCAGGAAGUUCAAGCUGUGUGUGAUGCCCUUGGGGUCCCCAAGUCAAACACUUCCGACAUUCCACUCCUUUUGAGCCAAGUGGAAUCAAAGGUAAAGGAUAUUCUUUCUAAAGUCCAGAAAAACCAUGUUGGAAAACCACUGCUAAAGGUUGAUUUAAGCUCAGAACAGGCAGAAAAACUGGAAAGAAUUAACGAUGCUCUUUCCAGUGAAUAUGAAUGCCGCCGGCGGAUGUUAAUGAAACGAUUGGAUGUGACAGUGCAGUCAUUUGGAUGGUCCGAUAGAGCAAAGGCAAAAACAGAUAACAUAGCAAGAAUUUACCAGCCCAAGCGUUAUGCUUUGUCGCCCAAGACAACAGUCACAUUGGCACAUCUACUUGCUGCCCGUGAGGAUCUAUCUAAAAUCAUCAGGACAAGCAGUGGCAUCAGCCGGGAGAAGACGGCAUGUGCCAUCAAUAAGGUGCUUAUGGGAAGGGUGCCUGACAGGGGAGGACGCCCGAAUGAAAUUGAGCCACCACCCCCUGAAAUGCCCCCUUGGCAGAAGAGACAAGAAGGCGGAGGGAGGGGUGGUUGGGGUGGUGGAGGUGGAGGCGGAGGUAGAGGAGGUGGUGGGGGUGGAAGAGGUGGAUGGGGAGGUGGAGGAGGGUGGGGAGGGGCUGGAGGAGGGGGAGGAGGAUGGGGAGGAGGUGGCGGGGGAGGGGGUGGCAGAGGAGGCUUCCAAGGCAGGGGAGACUAUGGUGGGAGGGGGGGAUUAUGGCGGAAGGGGGGGCUAUGGUGGGAGAGGGGGUUAUGGUGGAAGAGGUUAUGGAGAUCCAUAUGGCGGAGGAGGAGGAGGAGGAGGAGGAGGUGGGUAUAGAAGAUACUAAAACCUGCAGAUGUUAGAGAACACUGCUUCUUACUAGAUACAGUAGACGUAAUGUUCCGAGGAGCAUACUUGAACAUCACCCUGAGGUAGAUCAUGGUAGUGUCUUUGAGGUUGACAUUCUUGAAUACGGAAGGCCAUUUAAACUACCGGGUGAUCCUGCAACAUGAUCUUUUCCAUAUUCUGUGUACUCAAGCAUGCUAUGUCUUUUUAAAAAACAAAACAAAAAAAACCUAUUUUUUAAAAUGUAAAUAUUUAUUACCAGCAACUUGGAAAAUGGAAUGUAUUUUAUUGUCAUGAUUGAAUUUAGACUAUCAGCUGGUAUUUUGUUCAGGAUUGAAACACAUAAAUGGCACCCACCUACCUACUCUGUAUUCCUGUGGAUCUGUCCUAUGUUGUUAAUUCUCUUUUACAAAAUAGAGAAAGUGUCUAAUAUUUGUGCUUAGUAGGCAGUUGCCAUUUUUUUAAUAGGUUGAAGUCCCUCUGGUCAGGUUCCUAUUAAAUUUCUGUUGACUGAAGACAAAGUCUUCUUUA